AUGGACGCGUACUGCCUUGAAGUACGCAAGCCGAAGAACACGUUCUCCAGCCUGGAGUUCCAUCACGUGGCUCGUGACAAUAAUGUAGCUGCAGACAUCUUGUCCAAGCUCGAAUCUACUCGUACUCUAGUUCCAGCUGGGGUCUUUGUCCACGAACUACACAAGCCAUCUAUAGCGGAGUUGGCACCUUCAAAAACCACCAAUCGAGGCAACAAUGAGCCUGAUCGGGAGGUUCUGAUGAUCAACGUAGAUUGGAGAACCCUCUUCAUCAACUACAUCAAGGAGCACAAGUUGCUUCCCGACAAGCAGAAGUAG